CACCGCCGCCGGCGCCGAGCAGGACCAGACCCGUCGGUCGGGCUUUGAGUGGCUGGAAAUUCCCGUCCUCGGCGGCUCCUCCCCCGCAGAAAUCCCCUCGCCGGGGUGUAUAUGCCCCGCGCCGCCGCCGCCGCCGCUCACUCUCCGGCAGCCGCAGCUCCGCCGCCAUGAUCAGCGCCAGCCGCCUCGUCGAGCCGCCGGUGAUGGAGGGCUACGAGCCACCGAAGAAGGAGCGUCAGGGCGGGUUCCCGCUCGACGAUCGCCACGACAGCGGCCUGGACUCCAUGAAGGAGGAGGAGUACCGGCAGCUGGUGAAGGAACUGGAGGACAUACGCCUGCAGCCCCGCGAACCGCCCGCCUGGGCACAGCAGCUGACAGAGGACGGGGACACUUUUCUCCACUUGGCAAUUAUUCACGAAGAGAAAGCGCUGAGCCUGGAGGUGAUCCGGCAGACCAGCGGGAACCGUGCUUUCCUGAACCUCCAGAACAACCUCAGCCAGACUCCUCUUCACCUGGCAGUGAUCACUGAUCAGCCUGAGAUUGCUGAGCACCUUCUGAAGGCUGGAUGCGACCUGGAAAUGAGGGACUUCCGAGGAAACACUCCCCUCCACAUUGCCUGCCAGCAGGGCUCCCUGCGGAACGUCGGUGUCCUCACACAGCACUGCCAGCCUCACCACCUCCUCACUGUCCUACAGGCCACUAACUACAACGGACAUACCUGUCUCCAUUUGGCAUCUAUUCAGGGAUACCUGGCUAUUGUUGAAUACUUGCUGUCCUUGGGAGCAGAUAUAAAUGCUCAGGAGCCAUGCAACGGCAGAACCGCACUACAUUUGGCUGUUGACCUGCAGAAUUCAGACCUGGUGUCACUUCUGGUGAAACAUGGGGCAGAUGUGAACAAAGUGACCUACCAGGGCUAUUCCCCCUGUCAGCUCACAUGGGGAAGAGACAACUCCAGCAUACAGGAACAGCUGAAGCAGCUGACCACAGCCGACCUGCAGAUGUUACCAGAAAGUGAGGAUGAGGAGAGCAGUGAAUCAGAGCCCGAAUUCACUGAGGAUGAACUUAUGUAUGAUGACUGCCUUAUUGGAGGACGACAGCUGGCAUUUUAAAGCAGAGCUUUCUGUGAAAAGAAGUGACUGUGUACAUAUGUAUAGAAAAAGGACUGACUUUCUUCUAAAGUCAAAGAUGCAAUGCAGAGGGAAAAACCAGGAGGGAAAUAUUACACUGCCCAGCAAGGAGCACAUAACUGUAACAGGACAGUACCAGGUUCUGGCUUGUGUUUAAAUUACAGGAGUGGGAUGUGUAACACCCAUAGAGAUCUCUGGUUAUUCACAUCACCUGAUAAAGAGCCCCAUAGCCAAUCUUCUCAGCCCUGUGAAGGUAACAGUCUACAUAUUCAACCUGCUAGUUACAGAGAGCUGUCUUGUGGCAUUAAGUAUCAUUAGGAACACGUGUCCUCUCGUGGCAAGGCAGGCUCACAGCAACACCCCCAUCUUCUUGGAGAUUGUAUGUUACUUUGCAUUGGACUGGUGGUGCUUCCUGACCUUACUGACUGACCUCGGCAGCUCUCAGUGGGGCAUUGCAGGAGAAGGCGGCAAACCAAGGGACUGGUGACCUCCUGGCUGUGCAGAGAAAGUAGCAAUGAUGUGAACUGUGGGCAUUGGAAACAAAUGUGUUUCACACCAUGUGUGUCAUAAUUGCUACACUUUUUAGCAAUUGUACAUUGUGUAAAUACUGUACAUGUUUGUUUAUAAUUAUUUUGGUACAUGUGAGAUAUGUAUUUAUUAAAAAAAUAUUGCUGUA